AUGACUUCUCCAGCAUAUAGUCAGCCUAUUCAACAAACGCAACAAGCAGGAGCAGGAGGAUAUGCUCAGCCAGGAUAUUCCCAACCUGCUUCUCCAGGUUAUGCUCAACAAGGCUACUCUCAGCCAGGAUAUUCUCAGCCAGGAUACACCCAACCACCUCCAGCAUAUGGACAGAGUCCAAUGCAGCAAAUGACAAAUCAGUUUGGAAACAUGAAUGUAGCAGCUGCACCACCUAUGGCCGCACGUACAGUAUCUUUGAUGGGCGUUCCUCCCUUUAUUGCUGAUCUGCAUGCUCCUCAGCCUCCAAUCCAUUUGCCUCCUCACGCGUCCAUUACGGACUCACCUUACGCUAAUGCCGACUCUUCUUACAUGUGUUCUACUAUAAAUGCAGUCCCUUCGAGCGAAGCUCUUCUCAAGAAAUCCAGACUUCCUCUUUCUCUUGUAUUAGCACCUUACAGAAGAGUUCAAGAUGGAGAUGACGAGGUUCCUGUAGUGACAGACUCUGUAAUUUCUAGAUGUCGUCGUUGCAGAACAUACAUCAACCCAUUUGUAACCUUUGUUGAGGGUGGACAGCGGUGGAAAUGUAACAUGUGUUUCCUUUUGAACGACGUUCCUGCUGCCUUUGAGUUUGAUUCUCAAACACAGCAACCGGCUGACAAGUGGAAGCGCGCCGAGCUGAACUAUUCUUGUGUUGAGUUUGUUGCUCCCACCGAAUAUAUGAUCCGUCCUCCUCAGGCUCCUGCUUAUGUAUUUGUAAUUGAUGUAUCUUACUCUGCCGUCCAAUCAGGCAUGCUUGCUACUGCUGCCCGUACCAUCUUGGACUCUCUUGAUCGCAUUCCUGAUGAUGAGAAACGAACAAAGAUCGCUUUCAUCACAGUUGACAGCUCUUUACACUUUUACAAUCUCAAUGCCAACCUUACUGAACCUCAAAUGCUGGUCAUGUCUGACCCUGACGAUAUUUUCCUCCCUCAGCCCUCUGAUCUCUUAGUAGGCUUGAGUGAAAGUAAGGCUGUUAUUAGUGCCUUGUUGGAGAAAUUGCCCGAAAUGUUCAAAGAUACAUUGGUGGUUACCAAUGCAUUGGGAAGUGCUCUUCAGGCUGCUCAUAAGCUGGUGUCUCCUAAUGGUGGUAAGAUCGUGUGCCUUCAAUCUACGUUGCCUACAGUUGGCACUGGCGCAUUGAAGCCUCGUGAGGAUGUGAAGCUUUUGGGAACUGCAAAGGAGACGGUUUUGUUGAAUGCUGCUUCACCAUUUUACAAGUCGUUUGCUGUCGACUGUUCUCGUUCUCAAGUAGCCUGCGAUAUGUUGAUUUUCGGUGGACAAUAUUCUGAUGUAGCAACUCUUAGCUGUCUUCCUCAUUAUACUGGUGGUCAGACUUAUUUCUACCCUGGAUUUAAUGCCAGUCGUAGUGAAGACGCCCUCAAGUUUGCCCAUGAAUUCUCUGAACUCUUGGCUGAACGUAUUGGUCUUGAAGCUGUCAUUCGUAUUCGUUCCUCGCGUGGUCUGCGUAUGAGCGCAUUCCAUGGAAACUUCUUUAUUCGCUCUACCGAUUUACUUGCUCUUCCCAACGUACCCCGCGAUCAGUCAUACUGUGUUGAGGUCUCUAUUGAAGAUGAUAUUAAGACAUCGACCGUAUGUUUCCAGACUGCCUUGCUUCACACCACUUGCUUUGGUGAACGUCGCAUUCGUGUCGUAACUCUUUGUCUUCCGGUUACAAGCAAUAUGUCCGAGCUGUACUCGAGUGUUAAUCAACAAGCAGUGGCUGCUUAUCUUGCUAAUAAGGGUGUUGAACGUGCACUCUCUUCCAAGUUGGAUGAUGCGCGCGAUGCCAUUGUUAACAAGUUGAUAGAUAUGAUGGGUGUUUAUAAGACCCAUGUAUUGGGUUCAGGACAGGGUGCUACACCUCAGUUGACUGCACCAGAUAACAUGAAGAUGUUGCCUGCCCUUGCCUUUGCAUUGAUCAAACAUGAUGCUUUGCGUCAGACUUCGCAAAUUCCAACUGACUUGCGAUCAAAUGCAAUGAAUUUGCUCCGUACCAUGCCUAUACAGCUACUUCUCCCUUACAUAUAUCCUAAUUUCUACUCUCUCCACAACAUGCCACCAAAUGCGGGUGAAAUGUCAGAAAACGGAGUGGUGUUCCCACCUACGAUGAACCUGACAGCAGAGAAGCUUGAAGCUCAUGGCUGUUACUUGCUUGAAACCGGACAGAAUAUUUAUCUGUUUGUUGGGCGUGGUGUUGUUCCUCAGUUAUGCGUUGACUUGUUUGAUACCAAGUCUUAUGAAGGAUUGCGAGCAGGAAAGAUCACAUUACCUUCGCUUGAGACCUCGUUAAACAGAAAGGUCAACCUUCUGAUUGCCAAGAUCCGUGAAAUGCGUCGUGGUAACUACUAUCCUCAGCUCUACCUCAUUAAGGAAGAUGGUGACCCUGCUCUGAGAAUGUGGUUUAUGUCCCACCUCUUGGAGGAUCGCACUGAUAAUGUGAUGAGUUACCAACAAUUCCUCCAACAUGUCAAAGACAAGGUGAAUUAUAAACCAAACAAAUAG